AAGGCAUCAACACUUGAAAACAGUUCCUUCUUCACUAAAUCUCCCGUUCUUCUUUUCUCAUUGCUUCAACCUCAACGAUACCUCACACACGCAGAUCCCACUUCACUUGAAUCAGUCUAAAAUCUGAAAUCAUGAAGCUCGAUACUUCUGGUCUCGAAUCGUUCUCUACACUCACUGCACCCGGAGACGGCGUCGUUGUAGAGUUCUCUGCCCCGCCGUCAUUCCAGCUUCCUAAUUCCAAUGAUUUCGAUGGCUUUGUGAAAGAAGCUAUUCAGAUGGUGAAGCCUGCAAAGGGCACUACAACGCUUGCUUUUAUAUUUAAGGACGGUGUCAUUGUAGCUGCUGAUUCUAGAGCUAGCAUGGGAGGAUAUAUAUCUUCACAGUCUGUAAAGAAGAUUAUUGAAAUUAAUCCAUAUAUGCUUGGAACAAUGGCCGGAGGUGCCGCUGAUUGCCAAUUUUGGCACAGAAAUCUUGGGAUAAAGUGUCGGUUGCACGAGUUGGCAAAUAAAAGGAGGAUAUCAGUAACCGGAGCCUCAAAGCUACUUGCAAAUAUUUUAUACUCUUAUCGUGGAAUGGGUUUAUCAGUCGGUACCAUGAUUGCUGGAUGGGAUGAAACGGGUCCUAGUCUAUAUUAUGUUGAUAGUGAAGGAGGAAGAUUGAAAGGCACUAGAUUCUCUGUUGGAUCUGGUUCACCAUAUGCUUAUGGUGUAUUGGACAAUGGGUACCGAUAUGACCUGUCAGUUGAGGAAGCUGUUGAACUAGGUCGACGAGCAAUAUAUCAUGCAACAUUCCGUGAUGGAGCUAGUGGUGGAGUUGUUAGUGUUUACCAUGUGGGACCAGAAGGAUGGAAGAAAUGGACUGGUGAUGAUGUUGGGGACCUACAUUACCAAUACUACCCUGUUGUCCCAAGCACUGUGGAACAAGAAAUGGCUGAGGCAACAGGAGCUUAAUAAAAGAAGUAACUCAUGGAUAUGUUUCUUAGUUUCUUCUUUGCCUUCAUAUUCUCAAUCAACUGUGUGAGACUAAUUAUUUUAUUUUUGAAAUAUGGCAUUCGUUUGAUAUGUACAAUUGCUGCCCCUUUAUGAUGUGUUUAGACUUGAGAUUAAGGAAAAUUUAGCAUCGAAAAGUAAGGAUUAAGUAAGCCACUUGUUUCGAAGUUGGUAAAUAUGAAAGCACAUCAGACAAAAAUGUUGCCAUCUUGUGAGUUAUGGUUUUCAUUGCCAUUCCUGAAAUUCAUACUAGAUAAUAUUGAAUGUGGUGGUUUAUCUUCGUCA